UUCCCCCCAUUUUUCCUGCUUUUCCAGCCGCGGGGAUCCCGGCGGGGAAGGGGCAGCCAUGGCCCCCAACGGCUCGGUGGGAAUUCGGGAUUCCCCUCCGGAGCCGGGGAUUUUCCUGGAUGAGGAUUUGGGAUCCGACUGGUACAUCUACGAAUCCACCGAGUCCACGGCCCAGGAUGACCUUUUUCCCGACGCCAUCCCGGAAUGCCACCCCACAAUCUCCCCCCGGCUGUACCACACCAUCAUGGCUCCAAUUUCCCUGGCCGUGCUCCUGGCCUUGUCCUUCCUGGUCAAGCGCCGCCGGCUCCACCGGAAUUGCUGGAAUGGCGUCCCGGGAUUGCUCAGCCCCGGGAACCCGCUGGAGCGGGACGGGCAGCGCGCGGUGGCUGCGGCGGUGUUGGCGCUGCUGCUGUCGGAGCUGUGCCGGCUGCUGCUGCUCCCGGCGCCGCUGCCGCUCCUGCAGCCGCGCUCCGACGGCACCGAGCCGUGUCCCCGUGUCCCCGCGCUGACCGGGCUGGCCGUGGCAGAGUUCUGGAAGGUUCUGGCCCUGCUCUACGUGCCGGCGCUCUACUCGCCCCUGCUGGCCUGCGCCGGCCCCCGGCACCGCCUGGGCUACGCCGCGGGGACCCUGCUGGCCUGGGGACACUGCGGGGCGCACGCCUGGCAGCGCGCACAGUGUCCCCUGGCGCCCCAGAUCCACCGGCUGUACUCGCUGCUGUCCCACGUCCCCGUGCUGCUGUCCCUGGCCCUGCUCAGCCUCUGGUACCCGGCACAGCUCCUGCGCAGCCUCCGGGACGGGGACGGCCCCGAAAAUUCCCAGAUUUCCGGGAAAAGCUAUUACAGGAAGUACCUCAAGGCCUUGCUGUCCAAACGGGCUCAGAAGGGGAGCUCCAAGAUCGACGAGAGCCUCAGCUCCCGGAUCUGCUCCUACCUGCGCUCCUACAUCUACAUUCCCGAGGAAGGAUUCCGGAUCCCGCUGAAGCUGGUGGUGUCCGUCACCGUGGCCGUCGUCGCCGUCUACCAGGUGGCCCUGCUGCUGCUGGUGGCCGUGGUGCCGGCGCUGCGGAUCGUGCGGGCGGGGAUGAGCGCGGACGUGGUGGUGCUGCUGGUGCAGCUGGGGCUGGUGCCCUCGCAGGGCACGGCCGGGCCCGGGCACCUGGAGCAGGAGCUGCGCACCGCCCGCCACUUCCUCUGGGCCCUGGAAGUGUGCUACAUUUUUUCCCUGGCACUGUGCUGCCUGCUGACCUGCGCCAUGCUGCUCCGGAGCCUGGCCAUGCACAGGUCCAACCUGCGGGCGCUCUACCAGGGCGCCGUGCUGGAUGUCUUCUCCAAGGCCCACAUCCUGCGGCCUUCCCGGGAAUCCCUGGUCUGCUGGAUGGCCUUCUCCAGCUUCCAGGCGGCCUUCGCCUGCCUGGGUCUACUGAUCCAGCAGGUGAUUUUCUUCCUCUGCUCCGUGGCCUUCACCUUCCUGGUGGUGAUCCCGCUCCAGAUCGGCACCAGCUCCCCACUCUUCGGGAUCAUCCGGAACAUGUGGCCCUUCUGGCUGACCCUGGUGGUGGCCGUGCUCCUGCAGCAUUUCCUGGCCCAUUCCCAGUUCCUGGAGCAUCAUUCCCUGCAGAAGGAGAUCACCAACAGGCGCGCGCUGUACAUCGUCACCUUCCUGCUCUUCCCCACCAACGUCCUGGUGGGCGUCAUGGCCGCCGUGUGGCGCAUGGUCAUCUCCGGCCUCUACAACGCCGUCCACUUCUGCCGGCUGGACAUCAGCCUGCUGCACCGCGGCGUGGAGACCUUCGACCCAGGGUACCGCACCUACUGCCACUACCUGAAGGUGGAGGUCAGCCAGUGCCACCCGCUGCUGAAGGCUUUCUGCUUCCUGCUGCUCCAGCACGGCCGGCCAGAACCGCCGGCACCGCCCCGGGAGACCCAGCUGGAGGAAGGCCUCCAGCUGAUGCAUCCCAAGCACGCGGCUCCGGGAAAAGCGCGGAUCCGGCGCAUCCGGGCGCGCUGGUGGGUGGCCUACACGCUCCUGCACAACCCCUCGCUGACCGCUUCCCGAAAAACCGCACUGGCCGAUCCCACGGCCAACGGAGCCCAGCUCGGCAUUCCCAGGCCCUGAAUUCCCGGGAAUCCCAUCUCCCAUCUCCCAUCCCAGUCUGAGCCCCUUCCCAGACUCCGGACUCUCUCCAAGGGUUUAUCCCAAAUCCAAGCCGAGCCACUCCUGAGGUCCAGAGGUGACACCUCCAAGCCCAGCCUGGAUGAAGCCAAACCAAGGAAAAUGCUCCAGUCAUCCCAAAAUUAUUUUGGGAUUCACUCCUGCCACCAGCCCGGUUCUUAGCAGCUUUUCCAGCAUGGGACAAUUCCCAGGCAACUGGGGGAGGAGCUGGGGGGAUCCCCAGCGGGCUGAAGGAAUUCUCAACCACCAGGAGAAAAUUCCCAUUCCCGGCUUCUCCCUUCCCCAUCCCGGCUCCGUCUGGGCUCCGCAUCCGCUCCUGGGAUGGUUUUUUAUCCUGGUUUUUGAAGGAUCAAGUCCCGCCCUGCUUCCCCUCACUGACCGCUUCCCGAAAAACCGCACUGGCCGAUCCCGCGGCCAAUGGCGCCCAGCUCGGCAUUCCCAGGCCCUGAAUUCCCGGGAAUCCCAUCUCCCAUCUCCCAUCCCAGUCUGAGCCCCUUCCCAGCCUCCGGAUUCUCUCCAAGGGUUUGUCCCAAAUCCAAGCCGAGCCACUCCUGAGGUCCGGAGGUGACACCUCCAAGCCCAGCCUGGAUGGAGCUGAGCCAAGGAAAACGCUCCAGGCAUCCCAAAAUUAUUUUGGGAUUCACUCCUGCAACCAGCCCGGUUCUUAGCAGCUUUUCCAGGAUGGGACAAUUCCCAGGGAACUGGGAGAGGAGCUGGGGGGGAUCCGCAGUGGGAUGAAAGAAUUCUCAACCACCAGGAAAAAAUUCCCAUUCCCGGCUUCUCCCUUCCCCAUCCCGGCUCCGUCUGGGCUCCGCAUCCACUCCUGGGAUGGUUUUUAUCCUGGUUUUUGAAGGAUCAAGUCCCGCCCUGCUUCCCCUCACUGCCCGCUUCCCGAAAAACCGCACUGGCCGAUCCCACAGCCAACGGAGCCCAGCUCGGCAUUCCCAGGCCCUGAAUUCCCAGGAAUCCCAUCUCCCAUCUCCCAUCUCCCAUCCCAGUCUGAGCCCCUUCCCAGCCUCCGGAUUCUCUCCAAGGGUUUAUCCCAAAUCCAAGCCGAGCCACUCCUGAGGUCCGGAGGUGACACCUCCGAGCCCAGCCUGGAUGGAGCUGAGCCAAGGAAAACGCUCCAGGCAUCCCAAAAAUAUUUUGGGAUUCACUCCUGCAACCAGCCCGGUUCUUAGCAGCUUUUCCAGGAUGGGACAAUUCCCAGGGAACUGGGGGAGGAGCUGGGGGGGAUCCGCAGUGGGAUGAAAGAAUUCUCAACCACCGGGAAAAAAUUCCCAUUCCCGGCUUCUCCCUUCCCCAUCCCGGCUCCGUCUGGGCUCUGCAUCCGCUCCCAGAAUAGUUUUUAUCCUGGUUUUUGAAGGAUCAAGUCCCGCCCUGCUUCCCCUCACUGACCGCUUCCCGAAAAACCGCACUGGCCGAUCCCGCGGCCAACGGAGCCCAGCUCGGCAUUCCCAGGCCCUGAAUUCCCGGGAAUCCCAUCUCCCAUCUCCCAUCUCCCAUCCCAGUCUGAGCCCCUUCCCAGCCUCCGGACUCUCUCCAAGGGUUUAUCCCAAAUCCAAGCCGAGCCACUCCUGAGGUCUGGAGGUGACACCUCCAAGCCCAGCCUGGAUAGAGCUGAGCCAAGGAAAACGCUCCAGGCAUCCCAAAAAUUAUUUUGGGAUUCACUCCUGCAACCAUCCCGGUUCUUAGCAGCUUUUCCAGGAUGGGACAAUUCCCAGGGAACUGGGAGAGGAGCUGGGGGGAUUCCCAGCGGGCCGAAGGAAUUCUCAACCACCAGGAAAAAAUUCCCAUUCCCGGCUUCUCCCUUCCCCAUCCCGGCUCCAUCUGGGUUCUGCAUUCGC